GCGUUCGGGUCGGAGCGCGGGGUGUGACCCGCGCGGGCCGCCGUAGUCAGCUGCCGCGGGCAGGAAGUGUCCGGGAGCGGUGGAGGCAGCACUAUGGCCCCGGACCCCUGGUUCUCCACAUAUGAUUCUACUUGUCAAAUUGCACAAGAGAUUGCUGAGAAAAUUCAACAAAGAAACCAGUAUGAAAGAAAUGGUGACAGUACAACCAAGCUUACCGUGACAAUCAGAGCUUUGUUGCAGCAUCUGAAGGAAAAGAUCGCCCUUUUGAAGGACUUAUUGCUAAGAGCUGUGUCAACACAUCAGAUAACACAGCUUGAAGGGGACCGAAGACAGAACCUACUGGAUGAUCUUGUAACCCGAGAGAGACUACUCCUGGCAUCCUUUAAGAAUGAGGGUGCAGAGCCCGAUCUCAUCAGGUCCAGCCUGAUGACGGGAGGGGCUAAGCGAGGCGUACCCAACCCUUGGCUCUUGGAGGAGCCGGAGGAGACCAGAGGCUUGGGUUUUGAUGAAAUCCGGCAACAGCAGCAGAAAAUCAUCCAAGAACAGGAUGCAGGCCUCGAUGCCCUUUCUUCUAUCAUAAGUCGCCAAAAACAAAUGGGGCAAGAGAUUGGGAAUGAGCUGGAGGAACAGAAUGAGAUCAUCGAUGACCUUGCCAACCUGGUGGAGAACACCGACGAGAGGCUCCGCACCGAGACCCGGCGUGUGACUCUGGUGGACAGGAAGUCAGCGUCCUGUGGGAUGAUCGUGGUGAUUCUGCUGCUGCUCGUGGCUAUUGUGGUGGUUGCGGUCUGGCCUACCAGCUAGCGGCAAUGACGGGACCACCAGCUGGACUCCUGCCCGUGAUGGAGAAAAGCUCAGCACCUUUUGAUACACGGAAGCUGCUCUCAAUAAAUCCCCUCAAAGCUCUGAACUCUCCAUGUGCG